UUUUAAAUGUGUGCAUGCUCAUCUCCUCUUCCGACAAAUAUGUGAUUGCUACGUACAUUUUUUUGCACUUUUAAUUUCAUGAUAUAUAGCCGUUGUUUCCUCAUGAUCGUAGUUCAACUGUCUAACCACAUCAGAACCCAAAGUAUACGCUUGUUGUUCUCUGUGUUUAAACCAUUUGUAAUUGUAAACUAACACUGUAUAGCCACAACACAUGGUUUAAAAUAUAGUUGUAUAUAAUAGAUGUUCCGUCCUUGCAUAGGCAGUUCUAUGAAUUUUGUUCAGCCCCAUCCCGCAGUUGUUUAUCGAAAUAGUGGCGGGGCAAAUUCGUUGUUAUUGUUUGGACUGCAGAUUGCCCUUCAAAUGGGAUUCGGUAAUUGAGAGUCGCAAGAACGCCACAGAAAGAACACACUUUUUUAUUUUUCUACUUUCGCGCCACAUGACAUGCGUGUUGGAGUCUGAGACAGUUUUAUAAUCGUUUGGUGAAAUGGUAUCUCCGAGAGCUGACAGGGGGAUAACCUCACCUGUAACCGUGCGACCACUGUGGCCCCUCGAUGGUUGUGGUUUGUGUUGUACGGAAUUGAAGCCUGACAGAAAUCCUCAACUUCUACCAUGCCUACAUUCUGUGUGUCAGGGGUGUGUUCCCCUAAGUGAUUUCAAGACAGAAUGUCCGGUCUGUGGAAGGCAAUACACUUCUUCCGAAAUCAUUGACAAUCCUUUCCUCCCUAGCUUCCCCACUGAUUCAAAACCCUGGUGUGGGGGUUGUGAUGAGCCUGUGGUCUGUGGCUGGUGUGUAGAAUGUGGCGAACCGCUCUGCUCUGACUGUGUGGCAGCCCACAAGAGGGUGAAGUUAACACGCAACCAUAAUGUCCUACCCCAAUUACCUCCAGGUUUCAGCAGGACAGUGUUGUGUCCCAUCCAUAAGAGAGAGCAGAUGAAGCUUUUCUGUGUGACUUGUGAUCAGCUGACUUGCCGUGAUUGUCAGCUAACCUUCCACAAGGAGCACAAGUACCAGUUUGCCCAGGAUGCUUUAUCAGAGCAGAGGAAAUGCUUACAGUAUCUAAUCGAGACUGUGAGGAUGCAGAGAGGGACUGUGCAACAGAACCUACAGGACCUGGAUGGACGGCUGUCUGACUUGGAGGAUCUGCAGGAGAGUGUGAGAACAGAGGUCAAGGAUAUCCUCAAGGGCAUCUGGAGUGUCCUGGUGAAGAGGGCCAUGCAGCUUUCCAAGGAAAUGCAGGAUCACUGUUGGAAGGAGAGUGAGUGUGUCACAGAGAGACAGGCCCAUCUUAGGAAGCUGGGGGAGAGGCAGAAAUAUGUGCUGGCCUUCACGGAGAAAGCCCUGAAGAGUGAGGAUCACACCUCGCUGCUAUCCUGCAAAAGAUGGGUAGAUAAAAAGUCUAAUCUAAGAUCAAAGAUCCACUCUGAGCUGCAAGGCGUUCUAGGCAAAAACCCCAGUGCAGUGUCUACAAUGAAGGAGCUGAAGCUCCAUUGUGGCCAGGACAUCCACCAAACCCUUGGAUGUUUCGGGGAAAUUGUGACUAAGGAGGUCCCGUUUGCUCGGCUAAAUCUGAGAGAGACUCAAAUCAAUCCUCCCAAAUUUUCUCUGGAACAGCAGAGAAACGGCAGAGCAUCCUCAACAUUGUCCCCUUCAUCCCAGGAAACCUCCAGUAUGUCAGCGAGAAAUGCUCCCCUCUCCCAAUGUCAACCAACACUAAUGCGCUUGCUUUCCCGCCCCCGGUCCUCCCCCUAUCCCCAUGAACCAGAGAGACUGUCAUUUUACCACUUUUCCCCUGACUCUCGCGGACCCUCUUUACAGGCACUAUCCUCUUCCCGCUCUGACAGCCCUCUGUCCUUGUCCUCUACGUCUGCUGUGAAUGCAACAGGUCCCCAGCGAUGUGCUGUAAACACGGAAAACAAAGACUGCUCGUUAUUAUCAGGGAUUGCACUGGACACCCCUGUCCCAUAUCACGGGUAUCAGGGUGGCUCCUCAAAGUCUGACCUGAUGGAACUUGUUUCCCGGGCCUUUCAUGUCAAAAGGAAAGCAGGGGAUGAAAAUGUGGGUCCUCAAAUUAAACGAAGUUGUUUGCAGCCCUUGAAGGUACCAGCGGACUCCUCCUGUGAGAGGGUUCCCCCUAUAGGUACUGAAAAGCAGGCUGGGGAUGUGGCUGCUACCGUUGUCAUAGAAAGAGAAGCUACACCCAACAUUACGGACCAGAAUGCAACGGCUCCAGUGUAUGGACAAGAAGCUACUAAGGCUUCAGGCAGCCGUCAAUCAAAUCUGGUUGUUGGCAGGAGUGUGAAGAUGGCCAAUCAGGUGGUUUUAGCUCCCUUCACACUCCCUGUCACCGGGAACUCCGUCACUUGGGGCAUGUCACCAGCUAAUGCCACUCUUUUUCCUGGUACUGUGAACACUCCCCCCAGCUUUGGAUGUGUAAGGGCUGUCCCCCCAUACUUGGUUUUGUCCAACAGCGCUCCAGUUUCUGGUCCCACUGGCGCUGUGGGCAGGCUUGACAAUGGAAGCCUGGUCUUCAUUUGUAAUGACGUGCCCUUUUUCAACAUCUUGAGCCAUGUUAGAGGAGGUCAAAACCAAGUGCUAGCUGGUUCUGUCCCAGGAGGACUCCGCCCACCAUGUCUGCCAGACCCCACCUCUCCAAAGAGCCCUAUGGAAGCUCCUCAGUCCCAGUCCACUGGUCCAAUAUAUCCAAUCAGAAUUUUUCAACGGGUAAAGAAUAUUUCAACAGUCCAGGACACUAAGCAGCCCACCCAGAAUGGCACUGCUCAAUCAGGUUUGUGCAGAAAGGAUGAAGCCGCCUCUACUCUCCUCGUACACACCGCUGAUGCCCAGGCAGACUCUGUACAAAUGGACAUUUCCAAGUCAGAUGUUGACCUCAUCCAGGCAGACCCAAAUCCAACAGUCUUUGUCAUGGAAGAAUCCACGGAGAUAGACAUUGUCCAUAAUAAAACUACCCAGCCAGACUUUGUCCACAAUGAGACCAGCCAGGCCGAACUUGUCCAGAAUGCUGCUGACCAGACAGUACUUUUCCAGAAAAAAACAGCCCAGAUGGUAAUUGUUCCUUCUCAAGUAGUUGGAAUCAAGGAGGAACAAACAUUACGGCCAGUUACAGGCCCAAUGGAGUCUGUGACGACAGACAUGCUUAACCUUGCCAAAACUGUGCCUGUCCAGAUUAACCUUGUGCAUUCUAACACUGUCCAAAGCGACAUUGUGCAUACUGAAACUGACCAGACCUACUUUGUCAACGUAAGCACACAAGUAUCUGGGAUCACAAUCAAGGAAGAACCGCCAGCCACAGACAGCUUAUCAGUUACAGGGCUAAUGGAACCCAUCAGAGUGAUUAUGCCUGACACACUACCUACUGAAACUGUCCAGACUGACCCUGUCCACACACAAAUGAUUAAUGUGACUGAAAUUGUGCAAAGGGAUGUUUUCCAGCCUGAAACGGUGCAGGCGGACUCUGCCUUCAUUGAAACGGUGCAGGCGGACUCUGCCAGGGCAGAAACCCUGCAGAAUGAAAUUGUCCAGUCAAACUUCAAUGAGACUGAAACCGUGCAGACAGACCCUGUCCUGACUGAACCAGUUUAUGCAGUCCAGAUAGACACUUUGCAGAUGGAACCAGUCCAUAGUGAAACUGUCCUUACCGGCAUUGUGCAGACUGUGACUCUGCAGAGGGACCUAGCCCUAACUGACUGCACAGAGAUAAUUCAGACAGACAUGUCAACCACCAAUAAGGUAUCCACAAAUGACACUGUCAAUGUGGUCAGUGUCCCCAGCUGCACUCAGGAAGUUGAACUUGACCUCACCCUUGACCUCAGCAAUGAUUUCUGCUCGCAGAUAGUGGAGGAAGAUGACAGUAUGGCUGUUGAUGUCAGUGCUGCUGACAGUAUUGAAGAGACUGGGUGCCAGGCGUCUCUUAGGCUUAAUAGCAGAUUUCCCCAGGUGUCUUUGCUUUGGAUGCCCAUCCUUGACGCCCAUGUUAGCGUCCCGCCAACCCGCUUCCGCCUCCUCCCAGGGGUCAAAGGGCAGCAAACUAUCGUUCAGGUGAUCCAGACGGACGCGCCGCAACCAGAGUCUCCUUGCUCCUCCAUGUCGAGCCCAGACAGUCUGAGGAGCACCCACCAGCUACGCCCCCUCCUGGCCAGGAGGAAACACUGCACAGCAUGUAGGAUGCAAGGGAAUCUCACCCUGUGUGUCGUGUGUGGACGGCGCUUCCACAGGGAGUGUCACGUUCCACCCAUCUAUUCCUUAUCAACUGAGAGCUGGCAGUGUAUGCUGUGCCGGGACCUCUCUGAUCUGGCGUUGCUGCAGGACUACAGCGGGACCGACGGGGGACUGUGUAUGAGCCCUCCUGACCAAAUGAGAUGUGAGCGCUUACUACUCGUCCUUUUAUGCAGAAAGUGCAGCGUUGUCCUCUACAGACCAGCCAAGCGCUCUUCCCGGUCUUCUCACUACAUUGACAUCACCAUGAUACGGGGACGGUUGCUACGGAAACUGGUCCCCCCUUACUGCACCCCGUCGGAAUUUGUGUCCGAUGUCUGGCUUCUCCUCCACACACUGUUGAAGAGUGUGAAGUCAGUGGACCGACUUCAGGCAUGUUUUGGGAAGGAGCUGGGCAAAACGUUUGAGGGGACCCUGCACCCUUCGCUGCUCGUCAAUCCCCACCAAGGGGAAGCGGAGGAGGCGGAACAAGAGGGGGACAAGUAGAAAGUGACCAUGAGGAAGAAUCCGAGACCUCUCGAGGUAGAGCGUGCAGGCAAAGACAUUUCACGCAGGAUGAAAUGAAAGAUAAAGAAUGGGAAAAGAAGCCUGUCUUUUUAUGUAUUGAUUUGAAUUGCUUGCUGAACAUGUUUGUACAUACAGUUGCCUCCAAAUAUAUUGGAACCACACUCAUCUUUAAAAAAUUCUGUUUUCUAAAAUAACAUUUCAGUUUCUGAAAAUGUGUUUUUGGCCGCAACUGUAGUUGGUUAAAAACAUUGGGGAUAAAGUGUUUCAAGUGUUUUUGUGUGUGUGCAUCUUUUUAUAUUCCGUAUCUAUUUACAAUAAACAUUUUUGUGUGCA